CUUGAAUUGUUGAAGAACUCAUUAUUUAACAGAAAAAAAAGUCAAGACUUUUAAUUGUUGCUGAAAAUCGUUGGCUGACGCGUCUAUUAUGACCACGGUCGAAAAGUACGUAAUUCAUUCAUACAAAUGUCCAUACGAAAACUGGUACAACGCAGUAAAUUAAAUCACGAAAUGAAAUAUUAAUCGCGAAUGAAGCACAACGGCUUACGAUUUAGCCAGAACGAGUUCAUCGUGUUUCGACAAUGCAUUCAAGUGCACACAUCUCUUUUUUUUCGUCUCUGUUGGGAUUACAAAACGAUGCAAUGAAACUCGUAUGGAAAAUGAUGCUAAUUAAUAAUAUUUAAAAAAAAAAACGAAAAAAAAAACAACAAUAAUCGAUAUUUUUCUCUAGUACUAUCUCAAAUUAUCGCAUCUCUCCAAUCGACUCCUUUCAUGUUAGCGUGUAGCCAAGUAUUACUGCCACUGGACUUUGUCUAUUCUCCGUUGGAAGAUAUUAUAUGUUUAUCGAAUACGAAUAAUUAUCAUGUUAGAAGAGGAAAAAAAAUCAAUUAAAGUUUACAAUAAACGCGAAAUGACAAAAAAAAAAAAUACAAGAAGAACAGGUAAAAAAAGGACAAAAAAAAAAGAACACGCAACGCGCGUAAUUAUAUUCUUGUAAAGAGGUGUUAUACCUGUAAAAUGAAUGUAAAAUAAAAGAAAGAAAAAAAAACCAAAACUUAUCAACGAUGAUCACGAGAUUUUCCAAUGCUCCACCUCAUUUCAGCACAAUCGUAUAUAAGAAGUACAUACAACAACGCGCUGCAAUUUUUACUUUAUCUCGAGCGAAGUAGCAAUUUACACAUUGUUUGCCCAAUAUGCCAAUCCCUCGCGGCACUCGAGAAAAAUUGAUAAAACGCAUCGCUCGUACCGCGUCUUCCUCCUCCUCCUCUUCUUCUUCUUCUUCUUCUUCGUCUCUCGUUCAGUCGCUGGUAAAUACUCGCUCGCAAUAGAGAGAUAAUACACACAUUUGAGACACUUUGCAGUGUAAAAUUAUGAGCUCCGAAAAAUACGUGGAGACAGUCUUGGGGCCGGUGGCGGCGUCGAAGCUGGGCCGCACCCUGACGCACGAGCAUCUGGCCCUGAACUUUGAAAAGUUCUACCUGCCGCCGCCGCCGAGGCUGGAAAAAUUCCUGAACGGCUCGAUCGGUCUGGACAACGUCGGAGUUCUCAGGCAGCAUCCUCACGGCAACAGGUACAAUCUGCGCUUCGACGACGCCGAGAGCGCCUCGGCCGUGCUCGAGGACGUGCAGUUCUACGGCGCCAGCGGCGGCGGCACCAUCUGCGAGAACUCGAGCCAGGGCCUGAAUCGCCAGCUGGGCCUCAUGCAGCGCUGCUCGCGCGCCAGCGGCGUCCACGUCGUGGCCGGCACCGGCUUCUACGUGGCUCUGACGGCGCCCGGGGACAGCUCGAGGACCACGAGCGAGGAGGCCAUGUACGACCUGAUGCUGGAGGAGCUGACGAUCGGUUGUCGCGAUCUCGACCUGAGCGUUCUACCGUGCAAGGCGGGCUUCAUCGGCGAGGUGGGGAGCGCCUGGCCGAUCGAGGACUACGAGCGCCGAGCGAUCAGGGCCACGGCCCGGCUGCAGGCCGAGCUCGGCUGCCCGGUGAGCUUCCAUCCGGGCCGCGACAAACGCGCGCCCUUCGAGAUAAUGCGCGUCUAUCUGGAGGCAGGGGGUCGCGCCGACAAGGCCGUCAUGUCGCACCUCGAUCGCACCCUGACCAGAAGCGAGGACCUGCUGGAGUUCGCCGAGCUCGGCUGCUACUGCCAGCAGGAUCUGUUCGGCCUGGAGGUGUCGUACUAUCAGCUGCACCCGGAGACCGACAUGCCCAGCGACGCCCAGCGCAUCGACCGCGUGAAACUGCUGGCCGCCGAGGGCCGACUCGAUCGCGUGCUAAUCAGCCACGACAUACACACCAAGCAUCGAACGAUGCGCUACGGUGGACACGGCUACUCGCACAUAAUCAACAACGUGAUACCGCAGAUGCUGAUCAAGGGCAUGAGCCAGGAGCAGAUCGAUCGCGUUACCAUCGAUAAUCCGAGAGAUUGGCUCGUUUAUUAAUUAUUAUUUAUCCAUUCUAAACGAAUUUCAAUUCUCACCUUAGGUGUUCAUUGAAAAAAAAGUAAAAGAAAAAAUAAUAAUUGGUUGUUACUUGUGACUUUGUAAAAAACGAAAUUUUUCGUAUCCAAAACCGAGAUGCGUCUCGUACGGCCAAAUAAUUAAA